GCCAAAUAUCUUUCUUUUUGACCUGCAAGACUGGUCCUCUCAAGGCAUCGAUUCUCUUAUUUUAUCCAAGCGAUUCGUUCCAAUAAAAGGUCCAAGAUAAAGGUCCUUCUGGUGAGAAAGUCUACAGAACUAGAAUGGGCAGUGGUCUGGAGCUUGUGAGAAUAAGUAUCUAUGUUUUCUUUCCUGUGGUUUUGUUCUACUAUUUCAACAGACCAGACGUCUACAAGAAAACUAUAUCUGAGAAGAAGAAAGUGAUAUACCCUGAGGGAAAUCGUGUUCCACUGUCUAUUGAAGACAACUUGAAACUAAGAGAACAAAUGAGAAACAAAAGAAGAAUACAGGCUUUCAAAACAUCAUGAAGUGCCAAAGUUGCAUCAAUGAUCAUAACAUGUCACUUUAAUAAUAGUUAAAACAAACACAAUGUCUUGUCAUUUUCCAUUAUAGAUAUAAUUAUAAAGUUCCGUCAUUUAGAA